CCACCUUCUGAAUCCCAAGACCCGUCGUCCUGGGCACAAGGAAUGCUGGCAACUUUUGGGGCACGCACGGGUGUUCUUGAGCCACGCCGGAAGGAUCGGCAGUUCCCAUCCCAGCUGGACCCCAAAACAUUGGGCUAAGAGCAAACCAGAGUUCACAGCCCAGUGAGGGCCUCUCACUAAGCACCCUGAGGGAGCCUCCGACCUGAAGCCCAAAAGCCUGGGACAGCUCACAGCUUCCCCAGGAGGCCUGCUGGCCCCUUGUGGGGCCCAGGCAUGGGGCGCUGACGCCUCCCAGCCCUUCUGCACCGUUGCCUCUCCCCUACACCCCUGCGCCCAGAGGCCAGGAUGGGGCGUGAGCAGGACCUGAUCCUUGCCGUGAAGAAUGGGGACGUGCCAGGCGUGCAGAAGCUAGUGGCCAAGGUCAAAGCAGCGAAGACAAAACUCCUCGGGUCCACAAAGAGAUUCAACGUCAACUACCAGGAUGCUGAUGGCUUCUCAGCCCUGCACCACGCCGCCUUGGGGGGCAGUCUGGAGCUCAUCGCUCUACUACUGGAGGCUCAGGCUACAGUGGACAUCAAGGACAGCAACGGUAUGCGCCCACUGCACUACGCAGCCUGGCAGGGCCGGCUGGAGCCUGUAAGAUUGCUGCUGCGAGCGGCUGCGGCAGUAAAUGCAGCCUCACUGGACGGGCAGAUCCCACUGCACCUGGCUGCCCAGUACGGGCACUACGAGGUGUCGGAAAUGCUCCUCCAGCAUCAAUCGAACCCCUGCCUGGUCAACAAAGCCAAGAAGACACCCCUGGAUCUGGCUUGUGAAUUCGGGCGGCUCAAGGUGACCCAGCUGCUCCUGAACAGCCACCUCUGCGUGGCCCUGCUGGAGGGCGAGGCCAAGGACCCGUGCGACCCCAACUACACCACACCCCUGCACUUGGCUGCCAAGAACGGCCACAGGGAGGUCAUCAGGCAGCUGCUACGAGCCGGCAUCGAGAUCAACCGGCAGACCAAGACUGGCACCGCCCUGCAUGAGGCUGCGCUCUACGGCAAGACCGAGGUGGUGCGGCUGCUCCUGGAGGGUGGGGUGGACGCAAACAUCCGUAACACCUACAAUCAGACGGCAUUGGACAUCGUCAACCAGUUCACCACCUCGCAGGCCAGCCGGGAGAUCAAGCAGCUGCUGCGGGAAGCCUCGGGGAUACUAAAGGUCCGAGCACUCAAGGAUUUUUGGAACCUUCACGAUCCCACAGCACUCAAUAUUCGGGCGGGGGACGUGAUCACGGUCCUGGAGCAGCACCCUGACGGCCGCUGGAAGGGCCACAUACACGAGAGCCAGAGAGGCACAGACCGAGUGGGCUACUUCCCACCGGGCAUCGUGGAGGUGGUCAGCAAGCGGGUGGGCCUCCCCGUGGCCCGCCUCCCGUCCACACCCACCCCGCUUCGCCCCGGCUUCCCACGGACGCCCCAGCCCACGACUGACGACUCUCUGCAGCAUGGGGGGCUCGGCCCCGACAGCCCAGCAGGUGACCGGAACAGCGUGGGCAGCGAGGGCAGCGUAGGCAGCAUCCGCAGUGCCGGCAGCGGGCAGAGCUCCGAGGGCACUAACGGCCAUGGCCCCGGCCUCCUGAUUGAGAAUGCCCAGCCACUGCCCUUGGCCCGAGAGGACCUGGCGCUGCCUGCAUCGCACCCUUCGCUCCUAGCAGACAACCUCAGCCACCGGCCUGCAGCUGCCUACCGUCCCGGGGAUCCCUUCACACAGGACGUGAGGCCGGAGCAGCUGCUAGAGGGGAAGGACGCUCAGGCCAUCCACAACUGGCUGAGCGAGUUCCAGCUGGAGGGCUACACGGCCCACUUCCUGCAGGCCGGCUAUGACGUGCCCACCAUCAGCCGAAUGACACCCGAGGACCUGACAGCCAUCGGGGUGACCAAGCCUGGCCACAGGAAGAAGAUCGCCUCAGAGAUUGCCCAGCUGAGUAUCGCCGAGUGGCUGCCCAGUUAUGUCCCGGCCGACCUGCUGGAGUGGCUAUGCGCGCUAGGGCUACCGCAGUACCACAAGCAACUCGUGUGCAGUGGUUAUGACUCCAUGGGGCUGGUGGCUGAGCUCACGUGGGAGGAGCUGCAGGAGAUUGGGGUCAACAAGCUAGGUCACCAGAAGAAACUCAUGUUGGGGGUGAAGCGCUUGGCUGAGCUCCGCCGGGGCCUGCUGCAGGGGGACUCGCCGGGUGAAGGCGGCCAUCGGCCAGCCAGAGACCCUGAGCUCAUGGCUAUCGAGGGGCUGGAGAAUGGGGACGGCCCCGGGACUGCAGGUGGCCCCCGCCUCCUCACGUUUCAGGGCAGCGAGCUGAGCCCCGAGCUGCAGGCGGCCAUGGCCGGGGGGGCCUCUGAGCCCCUGCCCCUGCCCCCCGCCCGCUCCCCCAGCCAAGAGAGCAUCGGUGCACGCUCACGGGGCUCUGGCCACUCACAAGAGCAGCCCAUGUCUCCGGCCAGCGGGGGUGACCCUGGGACCCCACCUGAGAGAAACCUGCCAGAAGGCACCGAGCGGCCCCUGAAGCUCUCUUCCCCUCUUCCGGGUCCAGGGGCCCCCUCUUAUGUCUUCAUGCACCCCCAGGGUUCAACCUCCAGCCCAGCCCCAGGGCCCCAUGCAGGUGCACCUCGAGCCUUCUCUUACUUGUCUGGACCACAGGCCAUCCCCCCUGAUCCUCCGAGGCCCAAGCGCAGGUCACACAGCCUGAGUCGCUCUGGCUCGACAGAGGGGGACACGGACGGGGAGGGCCCAGGGCCAGUGGGCAGUGCCCUAAGCAGCUACGCCACCCUUACUCGGAGACCAGGGCGCAGCACCCUGGCCAGGACUAGCCCCAGCCUGACCCCAGCUCGAGGUACCCCCCGCAGCCAGUCCUUUGCCCUGCGGGCUCGUCGCAAAGGCCCCCCACCCCCACCCCCCAAGCGCCUGAGCUCCGUUUCGGGGCCCACCUCUGAGCCGCCUCCCGUGGACGCUGGCCCUGGGCCCAAGGAGGGCAGCGGGGGACCCCGAAGGCGGACACUGAGUGAACCAGCGGGUCCCUCCGAACCCCCGGAACCCCCAACCCCUGCUGGCCCUGCUUCGGACACAGAAGAGGAGGAGCCGGGGACGGUGGGAACACCUCCUUCGCGGGGCAGCUCUGGGGAAGGGCUGCCGUUCGCUGAGGAGGGCAACCUGACCAUCAAGCAGCGUCCCAAGCCCGCUGGCCCUGCACCCCGAGAGACGGCCCUGCCCCUGGGCCUGGAUUUCAACCUCACUGAGUCUGACACAGUGAAGCGGCGGCCCCGGUGUCGGGAGCGGGAGCCGCUGCAGACGGCACUGGAGGCUUUUGGGGUGGUGAGCACCAAUUCCAGCCCCACAGCACCAGCAACUCCCCAGGCCCCCAGCGAGGCUCCCGUGCCAGCUGCUCCUACUUCGCGGCCUGAGCCCAGCAGUCCUGCAGGUGAAGGAGCUGUGAACCCCGUGGCCCCCAGCAGCCCCUCACAGCCCCUCACGCCCCCUGGCCCUGGGCCGGCUCUGGAACAUACAGCUGGGACAUGGCAGUCCCGAGAGCCCGAGCUCCCUGCACCCCCGACAGCUCUGCUCAAGGUGCCUGGAGCAGGUGAGAUGGCGCCAGGAGAGGGUCCACUGGCCACUGCUAUACCCCCAGGCACGUCACGGGCCUGCCCUGUCUCUGCAGGGACAGCCCCCAAGUCCAUAUCCGUAGCCAGCACGCAGCUGGCCUUCUCUGGUCCUAAGCUGGCGGCCCGGCCCGGCCCCCGCCCAGUGCCCCCACCAAGGCCCGAGAGCGUGCGGCCACCAGGCCCGGCCCGGGCCCAGCAGAGGCUGGAGCAGACCAGCUCCUCCCUGGCCGCUGCCUUGAGGGCCGCCGAGAAGAGCAUCAGCGCUGAGGAGAGAGAAGGCCCCGCUGGCACCUCCACCAAGCACAUCCUGGAUGACAUCAGCACCAUGUUCGAUGCCCUGGCCGACCAACUGGAUGCCAUGCUGGAUUGAGCUGCAUUGCCUGCUGCCUUGGCCCCAGCCCAGAAGAUGCUAGAAGGUGCCAGGAGUAGCUGGCAGGAGAGGGCUGGGCGGGGACUUGUCAGGCGAUGUCUCCCCAGGAAGAA